CCGCCACAGUUAGAGGGGGGCCCAGUGCGUUCUUUUAUUACUGCCUUUUUGUGGAACUCGAACGUAAGGAAAGGUCAGUUGGUUUGAACUGGCGGCCAAACGGUCCAAUCAUCGCGGGGAAAGAAGCCCCGGAACUCAGAUUGGCGUCCUCUCCUCCAAUAGAGUAGGCCCAGGAGCGGAGCGAUGAGCCCCGGAUGUGGGCGUGGCCCCGGAGUGUGGCUGCGAGACCGUCUACCGCGGCCGAUUGGAGAGGGGGAAUUGAAUUUUGUUCCUAAUUAUCAUGUGACGGGCUCCAGAUUGAAUGGGGGAAGAGUGUGGCGGACAAGGGUCCAAACUGGCGAACUCCCUCCUCUUGGCGGCCUCCCCGCUCUCCGACCGGCGGCGCUGCCAGGGUAUACUUCCUUCGAGUUUCCGGCCCCUGCGCAGCGUCUCUCUCGGUUGUUUAAAUGAGAAUGUCCCUGGCCCAGAGAGUGCUGCUCACCUGGCUCUUCACACUGCUCUUCUUGAUAAUGCUGGUGUUGAAACUGGACGAGAAGGCGCCGUGGAACUGGUUCCUCAUAUUCAUUCCCAUCUGGAUAUUCGACACCGUCCUCCUCGUCAUGCUCAUCGUGAAAAUGGCCGGGCGAUGUAAGUCUGGCUUCGACCCUCGGCAUGGAUCACACAACAUUAAGAAAAAAGCCUGGUACCUCGUCGCAAUGUUACUUAAGUUAGCCUUCUGCCUGGCACUCUGUGCAAAACUGGAACAGUUUACAACCAUGCAUCUGUCCUACGUCUUCAUCCCUUUGUGGGCCUUACUGGCAGGGGCGCUCACAGAACUCGGGUAUAACGUCUUUUUUGUAAGAGACUGACUUCUUGGUACAGCACAGCAUUUCAUGUCUGCCGCUCUUCAUCAAGCGAUAGAGUGUUCUGCACCUUCCAGGGAAGCUGCAGGAAGGCCUGAGAACUGAGGGGAUACCAGAUGCAGCGUUCUGCUUCCGUGAAAUACGAUUGGUGAAUCAUGGCCUUCUAAUCAACCCAAAGCUGAAGUAUUCAGUAUUUGACUUAUUGAUAUUCUUAUUAUCUCUAUGUAAAUAAAGUUUGUUUUUGACCUUA